ACACUCAGGUAGAAUAGGAGAAACUGCGUAUUGGAAUUGCCGAAGAAAACCUGAGUGUAAUGCUAGAGUGACAACAUACGGAGGACCACACAAUAUCAGAGUUCUGAAGGGACUUGAUGAAUCGAAACACAUCCUUCAUGCACCAAACCCCGAAGAAGUCGAAGCGUUAAGAGUCAUGAAUAGGAUCAAACGUAAAGCUACAGAAAAUCUUGAAGCUCCUCCAGCUCAAAUAUUACGAACUGAAUUGCGAAACGUUUCACCAGCGGUAUUAGCGGAAAUGCCAAACAGAAUUAAUUCCCGAAAAAGUCUUAGUCGUGAAAGAUUAAAAGAUUUUCCCUCGAACCCGCGAACGCUGAGAGAAUUGCAGGAUAUUCCAGGCUUUUAUCAAAAUUCAUUGAAUGGAGAUAAAUUUCUAAUUUACGACUCCUAUGAAAAUGACGAAGACUCAGAAUUUGGGAGAAUACUCGUGUUCGCGACGCCUGAAAAUUUAAGGCAAUUAUUCAGGAGCAUAUUGUGGUUUGCCGACGGAACAUUUAAAACUGCGCCAAGUAUAUUUUUCCAAGUUUUCGCAAUUCUCGGAGCAGUUACACAACCGGAUUCAAGAGGAAAACCACAAACUAUUGGUUUACCUUUUGUCUACGCAUUAUUAGAAAACAAAGAGCAGAAAGUAUACGAAAAAGUAUUCUCGGUUGUUUUGCAAGAGGCAGAACGUCUAGGUAUCGAUAUUUCUCUUCCGAUUAAAGUGAUGACAGAUUUUGAGUUGGCUAUCAUCAAUGCUGUAAAAAUCGUAAUUGGCGAAGACAAGGCACGCUGCUGUUUUUUCCACCUCUGUCAAAACAUGUACCGCCAUAUCCAAAGUGAAGGACUUCAGAAAAUGUAUUGCGAUCCUGAAGAUCGAUCGGUCAAAGUAGCCACUCAUAUGAUAUGUGCCCUUGCUUUCGUCCCACAUCAAAACAUCGCCCGAGAAUUCGAAACCUUAAAAAAUGAAAUACCGGAGGAAAUGCGACCAAUUUCAAAAUACUUUGACGCUACGUACGUCCGAGGAAAACCUGCAAAAGGCCGACGUAAACAGGUGCAUCCUCGCUAUGCUCCAGAUUUGUGGUGUCAAUAUGAUGCAGUCAUUCAACAAACUGCGAGAACGAAUAAUAUAUCCGAAGGAUGGCACAACAGGCUUCAAGUUGUUAUAGGGAAAGAUCACCCCAGCUUCUACAUUUUUCUUUCCGAGUUGCAGAAAGAGCAAUCGGACACAGAAAUAAUGAUGCGACAAUUGCAAUCAGGACAGCAAGUUAAGAAAAAUAAAUAUUCCAAGAGGUUGAAACAUGAACAGAGAAUAUUUAACAUUGUUUCGAAAUAUCACGAAUAUGUUGAUAACAAUGAUAUUGUCACAUACUUGAAAACUCUAGGAUACUAUAUUCGCAUGUGAUUGUAUACAUACAAAUUCAUAAAUAAACUGAAAUCUUGUUUCAAAUAAUAAAAAAUGUACUCGCCCAUUCAUUGCAAAUGUAUAUGCGAUAUUUUACAGACGAACGAUAUUUUGGGAAAAAUAUUUUAUGGGAAAAUUUAUUGGGAAAUUUUUAGUUUGGGAAAAAUGGCAUUGGGAAAAUUAUUUUUUGGGAAAAAAAAAUUUGGGAAAAAAUAUUUU